AUGUCGUCAGAUAGAGCCGUUGACAAGAUCCCGGCGAUCAAGCCCCGACCGGUGGAGAUGCAAGUAUUAUGUCUUGGGUUGUCUCGAACAGCAACCAUGACGAUGUAUACGGCCGUGAACAAAUUAGGUUACCGAAGUUAUCAUUUCACCGAAUCUGUUCAGCCACAGAAUAUAAAACUUGGGCACGUCAAGUGCUGGGCUGAAGCUCUACGAUACAAGGUCCUUGGUAAAGGCGAACCCUACGGACCGGCAGACUUCGAUAAGAUUCUUCAAGAGUACAGUGCAGUGACCGACAUGCCAUGUGCAAACUUCGCAAAAGAGCUUGUCGAGGCUUUCCCAAAUGCAAAGGUCAUACUCACCCAACGCGAUCCCGAGUCAUGGGUGAAGUCCGUUGAGACAUCAUUCUACACAAUUCUCAGCUGGAGGCUGUGGCCAUUUAUGAAGUGGCUUUCCCCGGAAGGAUGGCCAUAUGUUGAAGAGACCUUGCAGCUUGGCCUAGCAGACUGGACGGCUCCCAACGAUUGGAGAGACCGCAAGGCUUUAGCUAAGUAUAUGCCCACUCAUGUGGCCCAUGUCCGAUCCUUAGUUAAACCAGAAAAUCUUCUUGAGUUCCACCCCAGGGAUGGCUGGGAGCCACUUUGUAGAUUUCUGGGAAAGGAACCACCUGCAGGCAAUGAGCCUUUUCCAUACGUUAAUAAAGGCGACAAUGCCGCCAAUAUCUUUAGGGUAGCUGUUGCUUUCUCUCUCGUUAAAAUCCUGGGUCCUUACCUUCUCGUCACGGUGGUGGCAGUUGUCGCAUGGAGAUGGGCAGUUAGAGUUUGA